CUUAUCUCCUGUGUGUUAUUUUAUGGAAUAUAACUCUGAUGUAAAUGAUGUUUACUUUAGCUCCAACUCUUGCCCUGUUUUCUUAUUUUGGUUCAGAUCUUCGAAGAUUUUCUAUCUCUGUAUUUGGAAUGGCUGCUGCGAAAUAUCAAGCAUCCUCAUCUUCACGGUUUUCUCAUUGUAAAUAUCAAGUGUUCUUGAGUUUCAGAGGCGAAGACACUCGCAAGAAUUUUACUGAUCACCUCUACACAGCCCUUGUUCAAGCAGGGAUUCACACAUUUAGAGAUGAUGAUGAAAUUGGCAGAGGAGAGAACAUCGAAUCGGAGCUCCAGAAGGCAAUACAGCAAUCAAAAAUUGCGAUAAUCGUAUUCUCCAAAGACUAUGCUUCUUCGAGGUGGUGCCUUGAUGAGCUUGUAAUGAUCAUGGAACGCAGGAGGACUGCAGACUGCAGAGUUUUGCCGGUAUUCUAUGAUGUGGAUCCAUCCCAAGUCAGAAAGCAAACAGGGAGCUUCGCCGCAGCAUUUGUGGAGCAUGAAAAGCGCUUCAAGGAGGAGAUGGAGAGGGUGAACGGGUGGAGGAUUGCUUUGAAGGAAGUGGCCGAUUUAGCUGGAAUGGUUUUAGGAGAUGGAUACGAGGCACUGCUUGUCCAAUGUAUUGUGGAGAAGGUCUCAAAGAACUUGGAUCGAAAAAUAUUUCAUGUACCCCUUCAUUUCAUUGGAAGAGAUCCUCUAGUAAAUUAUAUCAACUCAUGGUUGCAAGAUGAGUCCCAUGAUGCUGCCACUGCUAUGCUCUACGGAAUUGGUGGAGUUGGGAAGACAGCUAUAGCAAAGAGUAUUUUUAAUCAGAACUUUCGUAAAUUUGAAUGCAGGAGCUAUCUAUCAAAUGUUAGAGAAAUCUCAAAAGAAUCCAAAGGUGUAGUUUGCCUACAGAGGCAACUUCUUUCUGAUAUCCUAAACCAAACUGUUGAUGAGAUACAUGAUGUUGAUGAAGGAAUUUUAAAGAUUAAGGAUGCCUUGUGUUGCAGAAGAACUCUUAUUGUUCUUGAUGAUGUGGACAAUAGGGACCAAUUCAAUGCAAUCAUAGGCAUGCAAGAAUGGCUUUGUAAAGGAUGUAAAAUCAUUUUAACAACUAGAAAUAAGGGUCUAAUUGCAGCUAAUGAUGAGUUUGUCAAGUGCAAAGUUGAACCUCUAGACAACAAAAAAUCACUCGAGCUUUUCAGUUGGCAUGCCUUUGGACAAGCUUACCCUGUUGAAGGUUUUGUGGAGGACUCUUGGAGAAUAGUGCAUCAUUGUAAUGGACUUCCAUUAGCCCUUCGUGUUAUUGGUUCUUCAUUGUCAGGGAAAGGAAGAAAAUUAUGGGGAAGCGCAUUACAGGAAUUGGCAGUGAUUCCUAAUUGUGAAGUUCAAAAUGUUCUUGAAAUAAGUUACCACUCUCUAGAUGAUGAUUAUCAAAAAAUCUUAUUCCUUGAUAUUGCUUGUUUCUUCAAUGGAAUGGAUGUGGAUUAUGCAGUUAUGAUACUAGAUGGGCUCGGUAUAGGUGCAAGAUUUAGGAUUGACAAACUUAUCGAUAGAUGCCUUGUUGAAAUCAACAAUGAUGAAAGGUUGUGGAUGCAUCAACUUGUAAGAGAUAUGGGAAGGGAAAUUGCUCGACAAGAAUCACCCAAAUGUCAAAGAACAUGGCAUCACGAGGAUGCUUUUAGAGUAUUGAAUGGAACUACCGAUGCUGAAAAAUUGCGUGGUCUUACCCUGGAUAUGCAUGCAUUAAUGGAAGAUGAUUAUGCAGAAGUUGCUUGUACCAGUUCAAUGGUUCGCAGCAAGAGGCGCAGGCUUAAUUUCUUUCAACAAUGGUUUUCUGACUUUCGUAAUGGGGGAAAAUUACAAACUGACCAAACAAGCUUGUUUCCCAUCCUCAGCACCGAUGCUUUUAGAAAGAUGUCAGAAGUAAAAUUUCUCCAACUAAACUACACUAAUUUUCAUGGAAGUUUUGAGCACUUUCCCAAGAAUUUGAUAUGGUUAUGUUGGCAUGGAUUCUCAACAAGAUCCAUACCAAAUCAUGUAUGCUUGGAGAAGCUGGUGGUUCUUGAUCUAUCCAGAAGCUGUCUAGUUCAUGCUUGGAAAGGCAAACCAUAUCUUCCAAAAUUGAAAAUUCUUGAUCUCCGACACUCUCUUGAUCUCAUUAGAACCCCAGACUUCUCGAGUCUCCCAGCCCUUGAAAAGCUAAUACUUGAAGAUUGCAUCUGUUUGGUUCAAAUUCACGAAUCUAUUGGUGAUUUACAAAGACUGUUGAUCUUAAAUCUAAGAAAUUGUACAAGUCUUAUGGAGCUUCCAGAAGAAAUGAGUAGAUUGAAUUCACUUCAAGAGCUGGUUUUAGAUGGUUGCUCAAAUCUUGUCAGCCUGAUGAAUAUGGAGUUAGAGCAUCAUCAGGGGCGCAGCUUGCUCCAAAGCGAUGGAAUUGUUGCAAACAUUGUUUUGGUGGUACAGAUAACAUUUAUACAUGGCUCAUUCAACGUUGUCGCAGAUGGAUUUGAUGAAGAUGAGGAGUUAAGGGGGUUUCAUGAGGAGGAAGAAGAGGAUAAAUGGCUAAUUCAGAAUGAGUUUGUAGAUAACUUUUCAUUCAAAAUGUCCUCACCUCCUCCUGCGCACCGGAUAUGUGGCUUUAAUCUGUUCACAAGGUUUUAUAUGACGUCAGAGUACAGUCGCUUUGAACCUUUUCAUUUUAUAAUCAGAAACAAUACCAGUGGUCGAUCCUUGCGUUGUCACGCCCCUGUCUACCAUUCGAGUUACGGGCGUGAUGUUCGUGAAUUCCAAUUGCUAAGCCACUGGAAAUUAGGGGUCGGUGGUCCUACAUUUGAUAAUGGUGAUGGCGUGAGUAUUUCAGUGCUUCCACAUGAUCCACCUGUUCAAACAAGGACUAUUGGUGUACAAUGGCUGUAUGAAGAGGAAGGAAAGGAUGAUGAUAUCCAAUCAAAGGAUGAAGUUAUCAGUACCCACAACAGUAGCGAUGAUGAUGAUGAUGAUGAUGAUGCAGCACACGUACCCAAAGUAGAAAUAGCUUCUCAUGUUCUUAGAAAGUAUUAUUGUGCUUCCCGUGGUUUUUUAUUUGAUGGCAAUUUCACUUGGUGGUAUUUUGCAAAGAAAGGUCUGGGAAUUGUAUUAUUUUAGGUUUGUUUUUUUAGACUAAAUGAACAAGUAUUGAAGAUAGUUUUGUA